AUUUUGAAAAGGCUCCAUAGAAAGUUUCUGUUCAUCACCUUAUAAUAAGGCAGUUUGAAUACUCAACUUCUGUGUACAAAAAAACUAGAGGAAGAGAAAUGGCAGAAAGUAAGAAGUUCAUCGUAGAGAUUGAGAAGGCAAGGGAAGCUGAAGAUGGAAAGCCAUCAGUUGGGCCGGUUUACAGAAACGCGAUUGUCAGAGAUGGAUUCAGACAGUUGCCCCGAGGCCUCGAGAGCUGCUGGGAUAGUUUCUGCCAAUCUGUGGAGAAAUAUUCUGAUAGCCCAAUGCUUGGUGAAAGAGAAAUGGUGGAUGGAAAGGUGGGCCGAUACGUCUGGUUAACUUACAGACAAGUGUACGAUUUAGUCCUAACAGUCGGUGCCUCCAUUCGUUCUUUCGGUGUUACUCAAGAAGACAAAUGUGGCAUAUACGGUGCAAACUGCACACGCUGGGUUGUAAGCAUGCAGGCAUGCAAUGCGUAUGGUCUCUACUGUGUGCCACUAUACGACACUCUGGGUGCCGGUGCAGUGGAAUACAUCAUCUGCCACGCUGAGAUCUCAAUUGCCUUCGUAGAAGAAAACAAAAUCUCCGAGCUGUUGAAAACAUUUCCCAGCUCUGGAAAAUACAUGAAAAUUAUUGUAAGCUUUGGAGAGGUGACUCUGGAACAAAGGCAGGUUGCUGGAAAUUUUAGCUCGAAUAUAUAUUCUUGGAGUGAAUUUUUGCUUCUGGGAAAGAGAAAGAAAUACGACAUCCCAAUGAAGAAGAAGACCGAUAUCUGCACAAUAAUGUACACUAGUGGAACAACAGGCGACCCAAAGGGAGUGAUGAUCUCGAACGAGAGCAUUCUGUCAAUCAUUUCUGGAGUAAAUCACCAUUUAGAGAGCAUGAAUGAAGAGUUCAGUGAGGCAGAUGUGUACAUUUCCUAUCUCCCACUGGCUCAUAUAUUUGACCGUGUUAUCGAAGAACUCUUCAUCUCAAAGGGCGCAUCGAUUGGAUUCUGGCACAAGGAUAUCAAGAAGCUUCUAGAUGACAUUCAAGAGCUCAAACCAACAGUCCUAUGUGCUGUUCCGCGCGUCUUAGACAAGAUCUACACAGGUUUGGUGGAGAAGAUUUCUUCUGCUGGUAUAAUCAGACAGACAAUCUUCAACGCGGCGUAUGCCUACAAGCUACAUAAUAUGAGAAAAGGGUACAAGCAUGCUGAGGCAGCUCCAAAAAUCGACAAACUUGUGUUCAAGAAGGUCAAAGAAGGCCUAGGAGGAAAACUGCGCCUUAUCCUAUCUGGAGCAGCGCCUCUUUCUCCCAGUGUGGAGACAUAUCUACGCGUUGCUACCUGUUCUCAUGUCUUGCAAGGAUAUGGUUUGACAGAAACAUGUGCAGGAUCGUUUGUUGCAAGGCCAGACGAGCUAAGCAUGGUUGCCACAGUUGGCCCUCCCCUCCCAGUUGUAGACGUAUGCCUAGAAUCUGUUCCUGAUAUGGAAUACAACGCGCUUUCUUCAACACCACGUGGAGAGAUAUGCAUCAGAGGGAAAUGCUUGUUUUCGGGCUACUACAAACGCGAGGAUCUCACCAAAGAGGUCAUGACUGAUGAGUGGUUCCACACAGGGGAUAUUGGUGAGUGGCAGCCAGAUGGGAGCAUGAAGAUCAUUGACAGGAAGAAGAACAUUUUCAAGCUCUCACAGGGGGAGUACGUGUCAGUCGAGAACUUGGAAGGCAUCUACUCCCUCGCCUCCGCCAUAGACUCGGUAUGGAUCUAUGGCAGUAGCUACGAGUCAUUCCUUGUUGGUGUUGUCAACCCCAACCUUGAUUCCCUUAAGCGUUGGGCUGAAGAGCACACGGUUGAUGGGGACGUUGGCACCAUAUGCACAGAUCCAAGAGCUAGAGCCUACAUUCUAGGAGAGCUGACAAAGAUUGGGAAAGAUAAUAAGUUGAAAGGAUUUGAGUUCAUCAAAGGUGUAUAUCUAGACCCUGUGCCAUUUGACAUGGAACGUGAUCUUAUAACUCCCACUUUCAAGAAGAAGAGGAACAACUUUCUCAAGUAUUAUCAGAAGCCCAUUGAAGAUAUGUACAAUAGCACCAAAUGAGAGAGAGGGAGAGAUUCACAACCAUUUCUUGUGAUUGAAUAAACAACAUACUGUGAUAAAAUCUUGGUUUAUAUGACUGUUA